GAGUUUUUCCCUAGAUCAGCUGUCUGUUAGGUCUUCCUGGCUGACACGAUUGUCACUGGCCAGAGUAAGCUACCAGGCCUUGAAGUGUGUAUGGUACAGCGUGUAUCGACCCAGUGCAGUCAAGACCACUCUGUAUCAACUAUCAACUAUCAACUCCAUUAACCCGCGACAUCCUGGUGUAACCUAGGCUUUCCCGGAACACGGCAUGCAAGUCGUUUUGUUUUGUUAGUGUCCUGUAUAAAAUCGUUACACGGUUCAACCGGUGGAACCUGGGAAUUUCCUGUAAACAAGUCAUUUAAUAGAGUGGAGAGUGGAGAGGUUGGCCCUCGAUUGCGGGACUAGGAUAGUGGAUAGUGUGUUUGCGGAUGUUUGUGUUGUACGCAGGGUUUCAGUAGUUUUGAACUCUCUCUCUCUCUCUCUCUAUCUCUAUCUCUCAUUUUCGCCUAUAUUAUUAUACCGCCGAUUUUCUUCAGUGAAUGACUUCUAAUGAGUUUCAGGCUUAUUUUCAUUUGAGAAGGAGUAGGAUAGAGAGAAUUUAAACGUCGAACAAAUUGCCUCUAUCUUUCUCAGUUUAAAAGUAAGCAGAGCCUUUCCCUCAAAGUGUCAUGAACGUCACACAGUGGUAUUAUUAUCCUGUUUUGCCUUAUGCUCAGAUGUGUCUGUAGCUAGUGAAAACGUUCACAUACCGGCACUGUGCGAUCAAAGAUCCUGUUUGCUUUGAAAACUUCUAACCCUGCAGCAAUGGUAUGGAUAAGCGUUGCUACGUAUUGCUUGACACCUCUUCUCAGACUAUGGAGCACAGUAUUGGCGAUUUUCAUCCCCAAGUACCGGAUUCCUAAAGCGCCCGAACGGUUGCUGCAGUUUAUCUUCGCCGACAAAAGUUUAUUCAUUCUUGAAUAUCUCACAGACGUCUAUUUCCAAUUUGGAGCUUUCUGGUAUGGGAAGAAAAUCUACAUUGUGGACCCGAGAGUGAGCAUGAAAAUUAUUAACAAACUUGACAAGGGCGCUCACGAUUAUUUGAGUAGUUCUCCCCUGAAUACCAGUCUUAUUGGCCACAAGGAGAAAUCACCGAAAGUACGCCAUGCCAUUGCGUCUACUUUCCGGAAGUCCAACAUGGAGCACAAUGGUCCCGCCAUGGUGGAGGUCGUGAGGAAGACGGCGGAGAAAAUGAAGAAAAUGAAAGUUGUCAACAUCAACGAUAUCUCUUUAGAGAUGGCCCUUGACAUAGUUGGCAAAGUUCUUUUUGGGGUAGACCUCAAAGCUUUAGAUGGGUGCCAGGAUGACCUUAUGCAAGCCAUGAUGACGAUUUUGCACCGUGCCUACGCCCUAGGGGAAAUCUCCACCAACAGCAAAGAGUUCCACAAGGCCGUGGAAACCGUGGACAAAUCGUCCAAGGACAUUUUGACAAAAGCUCUGAACCGACAGUCAGAGGAAAGGAGUCUCCCGCAGCUUCUCCAUGAGGCUGGUGGGUUUGAGGAGGCCAUGGAUAAUCUGAAGCUGUUCCUGAUGGCUGGCUCGGAGACGACUGCCUCCAGUAUCCCAGUUCUGCUUUAUCUUCUGGCCUCUGACCCCUCGCUACAGAGAGAGCUCCAGGCAGAAGCAGACGAGUUCGUGUACGCCAUCAGCAAAGACGCGUCCGUCGUGCCGCCCAAACUAGAGUCAACCGUCAAGGAACUGCUUCGCACAUACGCCAUAGCGCCAUUCAUCAGCCGACAGACGGAGGGUGAGAUAGCCCUGGACGCUUUCACGUUGCCCCCACAGUCUGACUUGCGCAUCUUCACGUGGGGAAUUCAUCGAGCUCCGGAGAUUUGGAAUGACCCCAAGAAAUUUUGCCCGGACCGUUUCCUGACGAGCACAACCAAACAACAACAACAACAACAACAGCAACAGCAACAGCAACAGCACAAAACGUGGAUGCCAUUUGGAGCCGGGUCUCGGAUCUGUGUCGGCCAGCAUUUGGCGUGGGUGGAACUACGAGUGGCCUUGAUCUAUCUGCUGCACAAGUUCACCUUCAGGAAAGUUGCUCAGACCGAGUCUCUCGAUUUUUGCGUUGACUGGGAACACGCUGUUGUGCACCCGGACAGAGAUGUUGUUUUAGGUGUGACAGAACGGUGAAAGGGUAAGGACCACCUGGCCUUGCACCCCGUCAGACGCCUUAUCUAUCAAGUCGGGGUCACGGGGGUGGGGGGGUCAGUCAGCUGAUCCCUGUCGCCUCUCUGCUGGGUGGGCUGACUUAAUAUUUUGGUACUUUUCAACUUUAAGUUUAAGGUAUAUCCUCUUGUACAUGUACUUAUGGCACUUAUCAUUGUAAAAAUGCACCCACGGCAAGUGUUCCUGUUCUUGAGGCUUAAAAAAAAAACGCUGACACCGUAACUUGCCGGGUUUCAUUAGACGUUUUGAAGUCGGCAAUGCAAGAUUGGGGGAGGUGUGGACAAGUGUGGAUGAAAAAAAAUCCUGAUUGAAAAAAAUGGGCUCAACAAAAAUUGCCAAACUUUUGGAACAUUAACAACAUAAUAUAGAUGGAGGUAGACCUACCACCAAAGGGCGUAUCUGCUGAGAUGAUAGGAAGCUGUAUUUCUGCACCCUGAAGAACGAGGGUAACUACAUGUCGUAAUGACUGGGUUUUCAGAAUAAUUUCUAGCUUUCUAAAGACACUGAAUCAGCACCCAGACUUUCUGAGCUUUUCUUUCAGUUUCUAUGAGCAUUUGCGGUCGCCUCAGGGCUAAUUAACCCCGAUGACCUCGAGGCGGGGAGCUCCGCGGGCUGCUGAGUCACGAAAAAGGUACAACAUCGGCCGAAAUAUAAUAUGACGCCGUGCCAGGGAAAGAAAGCCCGAGACAGUAUUCUGUAUUUUGUCUUGCUAUGGCACAUUGUAGAUGUCGUUACUGUACAGUUUACUAGACUAGAAAGGAACAUCGUUGACCAUUACUUAUUUGCUCUUUUUUUUACUAGGGCCUAGAAAAAGUUUCCUGAGGGUUUUUUUUUUAAACUAAUAAUAUUAUGUACCAGUAAAUUUCUACAUGAACAUUGAAACACACAUAUCAUGUAGUGUGUAAAUUGUAUUAAUUUUUAAUAAUCGUUUCACAAUAUUUUGACAUUUCACUUUCCAUCUUCAGACUUCACAGAACUCACAGGGUUGUUACAUAUUUGGUUUGCAUUCUCAUGCCUACAUCAUGUAAUAAGCUUCCAACUGAAGAACACUGCAUAAUAUACAUAUAAAAGAUCUAUAGCGUGUUCACUUUCUUCUGACCAUGUUUAAAGAUAUUUACUUCAAUUAUUAAUUUACUAAUGAGCAUGUAACUUUGUAGAGCACUCCUGUAACCCAGUGACCAAAGAAUCUUGAUCCAGAAAAUAAAGAUUCUUUAUUUGGGCCCUACAUUA